AAUAUUGUGGCCUAAGUCCCCCGUCAUAGAUGCCAAACGGAUGAAACACAUAACGGCCACUUGUUUUCCCAAAGUCCAAAGACCAGAGCCCAACUAUCUCAGAUCCGAAAAAGCAUGGCUACAUGCCUCUCCCUUCCCGCCACUCCAACCUCCUUCGCUCCCUACAACUCGAAGUCCGCCAGGUCCCCCACCGCGACUCGCUUCUCCCUAACGGAUCGAUCCCUAACCGCCAAGGACAACCUCCUCCGUCUCAUCUCCGACCAGGACCGUGGCCUGAGGACUCAAUCCGACUCCCAAAAGCUCUCCCAGAUAGUCUCCGCGAUUGACGACGUCGCCGCUGCCGGCCGAGACACCGUUACCACCGGCAGCUCCCUCUCCGCCACGUGGCGGUUGCUUUGGACUACCGAGAAGGAGCAGCUCUUCAUCAUUAAGAACGCGCCGCUUUUUGGUACUCGAGCGGGUGAUGUUCUGCAGGUCAUCGAUGUCGAGAACAUGACUCUCAAUAAUGUCAUCACUUUCCCUCCUGACGGCGUCUUUUUUGUUCGGUCCAACAUCGAAGUUGCUUCCUCGCAGCGAGUUAAUUUCAGGUUCACAAGUGCAGUUCUGCGUGGAAAGGGUUGGGAGUUCCCUUUGCCACCAUUUGGGCAAGGAUGGUUUGACACAGUGUACCUUGACGAUGAAAUUCGGGUUGUGAAAGAUAUUAGGGGAGACUACUUGGUUGUUGAACGUGCACCUUAUAAUUGGAAAGAGUGAUAGCUGGGGCUUGUCUAGUUCUCUUCAUUUUGUAGAUAAGUUUUCUUUUUUCAGAGGCACAACACUGGAGAAAAAAGACUGUUCAAAAGCCAUGAUCUACUAUUUUGAUGUAUGAAAUUUUCUGUCAGAUGCCUUCUAUUUUUACUUUAAAUGAUUUCAUUGCUGGUCUUUUGUGGCUGUUAAUUAUUGACUGCAUGCUAAGACCUUUUUGUCAGAUAAUUUUUUUAUGCUUGCAGGCCCAAUUUUUUGAAGGGUGGUGUUGGUUAACUGGGGUUCUUUAAUAUAAGCUCUGUAGUUUUAAAUGCUUUUAAUAUGAAAUACAUCUCAUUUCUUAUGUUCUAUCUGUCCAAAUUCAUGAGCAUUUGCAUAAAAAAGAUUCUGUUAUGCCCUAUAGUUUGUAUAUCCUUUGUCUCAAUCUUUAUACAUCCUUGGAUAUGCAUUUUUCUAUUCUCAGUUUGUAUUUGACCAUUAGUAAUACUAAUAGCGCGAUUCUGCUCAAAGUAUUGAUAAUUGUCAUUGAAGUAUUUUCAUCUACAUAGAUACUAUUUAAGUUCUCUGCUGUACAUUCAUUUGCAACAGUGGCUCUUGAGUAUGAUUCUGAUGUGCAUUUUAUCAAUACUCUUUUUCUUAAUAUAUUUAGUGUACUUUUGGUAAGGCUUUAAGCGGUUAAUAAUUGUGUUUCUUAACAUAAAAUUUUCAGGACAAAACCACCAUCUUCCACAAGUGGAACCAGUUCAAUUUGGUAUCUAUGGAAGUUUUAAAUUUACAAAUAAAAGUUUAGAUUUUCUACCACUGUUGUGAAUUGUAGUCUACUUUAGAGCCAUUGACUGUCAGUCUCUGCUCUCUACUUUCUGACUCCCACUAACAAAUUAACAAUGAAAAUAGAAAGGGCUGAAAUCAGCUUUUUUUGGGCAUGGACUGAAAUUUAGCUCUUAUUGGGCAUUCUUUCUCAUUAAAAGAAAACAUUUCAUCUCAGCCUAAACCAAAGUUUUAUCUGACCAUGGUUAAGAUAGCUUUUACUGUAUCCUCCAUAGGUAAAUGAAGAUGAUUUGAGUUGUCUCCACCUUCUAUAUAUGACUCCACUGAGCUGAAUAUUUGACAAAGAAAUGCUUAAUAAACAUUCUCUGCAUCAUGUAGUAUAUGUUUGCAUUAUUAAAUACAUUCUUAUCCUUAAUGCUAUGCUUGCCUUUUUC